AUGGUUCCGGUGUUGGCUGGAUAUAUGGUUCUUCUGCAUAAACUUAAAAUAUAUUUUGAAAAUGUGUUUACUUUCCUCGGUGGUGGUGUAAGCUAUGUUAUUUGCAUCACACCGACUGAUGUGCAUACCAACACAGCUUGCUGGUAUAAUGGUAAAAAGCAGUCGUUCUUUCAAUCAAUAUCUAAUAUAAGAAGCUUCCAUGAUUAUUUCAUUCUUAUGUAGGCCAUUCCAGAUUGUCACAUAAAACACGGUUCCAUCCACAGUUUUUAUGUGAGUAAAGUCAUACUGUAUAAAAAAAUUAUCAUGACAGAUGUGAUCAUAGCCGCAGGAAGUAGGGGUGCUGAAGGUGCUGUGGAACCACCUGAAAAAUCAGAAUGAAAAACAAAUAUUGAUAAUAAAUGUCUUCACAAAAGUAGUGCACUGGUCCUUUACUAGUCCUGUAUUAACAGACCUAUAUAGCAGUCUGUAACACUGGUCCUUUACUAGUCCUGUAUACAGACCUAUAUAGCAGUCUGUAACCUGGGCCUUUACUAGUCCUGUAUUAACAACCUAUAUAGCAGUCUGUAACACUGGGGCUUUACUAGUCCUGUAUUAACAGACCUAUAUAGGCAGUCUGUAACACUGGGCCUUUACUAGUCCUGUAAUUAACAGACCUAUAUAGACGUCUGUACCACUGGGCCUUUACUAGUCCUGUAUUAACAGACCUAUAUAGCAGUCUGUAACACUGGGUCCUUUACUAGUCCUGUAUUAACAGACCUAUAUAGCAGUCUGUAACACUGGGCCUUUACUAGUCCUGUAUUAUGACCUAUAUAGCAUCUGUAACACUGGGCCUUUACUAGUCCUGUAUUAAACAGACCUAUAUAGCAGUCUGUAACACUGGUCCUUACUAGUCCUGUAUUAACAGACCUAUAUAGCAGUCUGUAAACACUGGGUCCUUUACUAGUCCUGUAUUAAGUGGACCUAUAUAGCAGUCUGGUAACACUGGUCCUUUACUAGUCCUGUAUUAAGGACCUAUAUAGCAGUCUGUAACACUGGGCCUUUACUAGUCCUGUAUUAACAGACCUAUAUAGCAGUCUGUACACUGGGUCCUUUUACUAGUCCUGUAUUAGGGACCUAUAAGCAGUCUGUAACACUGGGCCUUUACUAGUCCUGUAUUAACAGACCUAUAUAGCAGUCUGAACACUGGGCCUUUACUAGUCCUGUAUUAUACAGACCUAUAUAGCAGUCUGUAACACUGGGGCCUUUUCUAGUCCCUGUAUUAUUUAAACCAAUAGCAGUCUGUAAAAAAUGGUCCUUUUUAAAUCCUGUAUUAUGGACCUAUAACAUCUUUUAACGGUUCCCGUUUUUAGUCCUUUUAACCCGACCUCUUUUAGCGUCUGUAACCUGGGGCCUUUUAUAGUCCUGUAUUAAAAAGACCUAAUACCGUCUGUAACAAUGGGCCUUUUCUAGUCCUGUUUAACAACCUAUAUAAACGUCCCGUAACACUGGUCCUUUCUAGUCCCGUAUUAAAAGACCCCUAUAGCAGUCGUAACACUGGGCCUUUAUAGUCCGUAUUUAAAAGCCUAUUUUAGCCGUCGUAACACUGGGGCCCUUUUCAGUCCUGAUUAUGGAAACCCAAUAGCAGUUGAAACAAUGGUUUCCCUUUUUAUCCCGUAUUAGUGGGGCCUAUAUACAGUCUGUAACACUGGUCCUUUUUCUAGUCCCGUAUUUGUGGGCCCAAUAGCAGUCUGUAACAAUGGUCCUUUAUAGUCCCCGUAUUAACAGACCCCAAUAGCAGUCCUUUUAAAACUGGGCCCUUUCUAUCCUGUAUUAAAAAGACCCUUUUAGCAUCCCUUAAAAUGGGCCCUUUCUAUCCUGUAAAUUUGUGGACCAUAUAGAAAUCCCGUAACACUGGUCCUUUAAAUAUCCCGGUAUUUUUUGGACCAUAUAAACAUCUGUAACAAAUGGGCCUUUACAGUCCUUUUUAAAAAGACCUAUUUUCAGCAGUCUGUAAAAACGGGGGGCCUUUACUAGUCCCCGUAUUAAAAACCUCUAUGCAGUCUGAACCGGGCCUUUACUAGUCCUGUAUUAACGCCUAUAUAGCAGUCGUAACACUGGCCUUUACUAUCCUGUUUAACAGGGCCUUUUAUAAACAGUCCCGUAACCCUGGGGCCUUUACUAGUCCUGAAAUUAAAAAGACCUAUAUGGAGGGCUUUUUAAAACUGGGCCCCUUUUCUAUCCUGAUUAGUGGACCUUAUAGCAGUCUGGGAACAUGGCCUUUUCUAGCCCCCGUAUUAUGGAAACCCUUUUGCAUUUUUUAACACUGGGCCUUUACUAUUUCCCGUAUUAAAAAGACCCCAUUACAAUCUGUAACACGGUCCUUUACAGUCCUGUAUUAAAAAGACCUAUAUAGGGAGUCUUUUAAAAACUGGGCCUUUUUUAUUCCCGUAAAUUUCCCGACCUAUAUAGCAGUCUGUAACAUGGGCCUUUUCUAGUCCUGUAUUAGUGGGCCUAUUUUAGCAUUCCCGUAACACCGGGCCUUUUCUAGUCCCCUUUUUUAAAUGGGCCCAAAAAAGCGUCUGUAAAAACUGGGGCCCUUUUUAGUCCUGUAUUAGUGGACCCUAUAUAGCAGUCCCGUAACCCUGGGCCUUUACUAGUCCUGUAUUAGUGGCCUAUAUAGCAGUCUGUAAAAACCCCGGGCCUUUAUAGUCCUGUAUUAGUGGACCCAUUAAACAGUCCCGUAACCUGGGCCUUUUAAAUAGUCCUGUAAAUUUGGGAAACCCAUUUUACAUUUUGUAACACUGGUCCUUUUCUAGUCCUGUAUUUGUGGGCCCAAUAGCAUUUUGUAAAAAGGCCUUUUUUCUAUCCUGUAUUAACAACCCCAAUAUGCAGUCUGUAACAUGGGCCUUUUUAGUCCCCGUUUACGGGCCUAUUAGCAGUCUGGGAAAACGGGCCCCUUUUCUAGUCCCCCGUAUUAACAGAAACCCUUUUAGGGAGCCCCCAACCUGGGGGGUUUAAAUUUGUUUCCCGUAAAUUAAAAACCUAUAUAGCUCUGUAACAAGGGGGCCCUUUUCUAGUUGUAUUAACCGACCCAUAAGCAGUCUGUAAAAAUUGGGGGCCCUUUUUUUAGUCCUGUAUUAGGGACCUAUAUACCGUCGGUAAAACGGUCCUUUACAGUCCCUAUUAAAAAAAAACUUAUAGCAGUCUGUAACACUGGUCCUUUACUAGUCCCCCAAACAAACUAUAAGCAGUCUGUAAAAAUGGGCCUUUAUGUCCCAUUAGUGGAACCCCAUAUAGCAAUCUGUAACACUGGUCCUUUUCUAGUCCUUUAAAAAGGGGCCUAUAUAGGGGGGUCUGUAACACGGGGCCUUUUCUAGUCCGUUUAAAAAGACCUUUAAACAGUCUGUAACACUGGGCCUUUCUAGUUUCCCGUAUUAAAAAACUAUAUAGCAGUCUGUAACACUGGGGCCUUUUCUAUUCCCGUUUAACAGACCUAUAUAGCAGUCGGGAACACUGGGGGCCCUUUUAAAUAGUCCUUUUUUAAAAAGUGGACCAUAUAGCGUCUUUUAAAACUGGGCCUUUUUCUAUUCCCGUAUUUGUGGACCUAUAUAGCAGUCCCGUAACCCCGGGGGCCCUUUAACCCAGUCCGGGAUUUGGACCUUUUAGCAGUCUGUAAACUGGGGGUUUAAAUAGUCCUUUUAUUAGUGGACCCCCCCCCCAUAUAGCGUUGUAACACGGUCCCCUUUUCUAGUCCUGUAUUAACAGACCAUAUGCAGUCUGGGGAACACUGGGGCCCCUUUUCAUUUUCCGUAUUAGUGGAACCCAAAAUAAACAGUCUGUAACACGGGGGCCCUUUUUAGUCCUGUUUAGUGGACCUAUAUAGCAGUCCUGUAACACUGGGGCCCUUUAUAGUCCUUUAUUAAAAGACCUUAAAAGCAGUCGUAAAAACUGGUUUCCCUUUUCUAGUCCUUUUAUUAAAGACCUUAUAGCGUCUGUAACACUGGGUUUCCCUUUUCUAGUCCCUUUUUUAGUGGCCCCAUAUAAGGGGAGUCUGUUAAAAACUGGGUUUCCCUUUUCAGGCCUGUUUUAAAAGACCUAUUUUUACCCUAAAAACACUGGUCCUUUAUAGUCCUGUUUUUAACAGACCCAUAUAGCAUCUUUAAAAAAAACUGGUCCCUUUUUCUAUCCUUUAACAGACCUAUAAGCAGUCUUAACCUGGGGCCUUUUUACUAGUCCUUAUUUUUGGACCUAUAUAGCAUCUGUAACAACCUUUGGGGCCCUUUUCUGUCCUGUAAAUUAAAAAGACCUAUAUACAAACUGGAAAAAACUGGUUUCCCUUUUCCGGGCCUUUAAAAAAAAAACCUUUAGCAGUCUGAACACGGGGGCCUUUUUUCCUGUAUUUGUGGACCUAUAUAGAGUCUUUAAAACUGGGCCUUUACUAGUCCCCGUAUUUGUGGGCCUAUAUAGCAGUCUGUAAAACCCGGGCCUUUUACAGUCCCUGUAUUAACAGACCUAUUAGCAUCUUUUAAAAACUGGUCCUUUCUAGUCCGUAUUUGUGGGACCUUUUUUGAGUCUGUAACACUGGGCCUUUUUAGUCCUGAAGUGGGGCCUUAUAGCAUCUGAAAAACGGUUUCCUUUUUAAAGUCCGUAUUAACGAACUAAUAGCAGUCCCCGUAAAACGGGGCCUUUUCUGUCCCCGUAUUUUAAAGAACUAUAUAGCAUUUUGUAACCACGGGCCUUUACUAGUUUCCCUUUUUAUUUGGGCCUAUAUACAGUCUGUAAAAAACUGGGCCCCUUUCCCAGUUCCUGGGUUAGUGGACCAAAAAAGCAGGGCUGUAACACUGGUCCUUUUCUUCCUGAUUUGUGGCCAUAUAGCAAAUCGUAACACGGGCCUUUUCCCAGUCCCUGUAUUAGUGGAACCCAUAUAGCAGUCCCGUAACCCCUGGUCCUUUUCCCGGGCCCGUAUUAAAAAGACCCAUUGCAGCUGUAACACUGGGCCCCUUUCUAGUCCCUUUUUUAGUGGGGCCCCAAAAAUAGCAGUCUGUAACCCCUGGUUUCCUUUAAAUUUCCUGUAUUAGUGGCCUAUUGCAGUCUGUAACAAAUGGGCCUUUACUAGCCUGUAUUAGUGGCCCCAUAUAGCAGUCGAAACCCCUGGUCCUUUACUAGUCCCUUUUAAAUUUAAAAGACCUUAUAGCAUCUGUAACACUGGGCCUUUACUUUGUCCUGUAUUAAAUGGACCUAUAUAGCAGCCCCGUAACCCCGGGGCCUUUUCUUUGUCCUGUUUAACAACCUAUAUAGAAAUCUGUAAAAAACGGGCCUUUACUUUGUCCUUAAAUUUAAAAGACCUAAUAGCAGUCUGUAAAUGGGCCUUUAAUAGUCCUGUAUUUGUGGGCCCUUAACCCGCAGUCUGAAAACCCGGCCUUUUCUAUCCUGUAUAAAAACCUAUAUAGCAGUCCCGUAAAAAACUGGGCCUUUUCAGUCCGGGAUUAGUGGACCCAUAUAAACUCUGGAACAUGGGCCCCCUUUCAUUUCCCGUAUAAAAGAACCCAUAUGCAAAUCGUAAAAAACUGGUCCUUUACUAGUCCUGUAUUAAAAACCCAAUGCAGGGCUGUAAAAAUGGGGCCCCCACUAGUCCUGAUUAAAAAGACCUAUAUGCAAUCUGUAAAACGGGUUUCCCUUUUUUCCUGUUUAGUUGGGGCCUAUAUAGCAGUCUGUAACACUGGGCCUUUACUAGCCUGAUUAACAACCCCAUAUGCAGUCUGUCACUGGGCCUUUUUCUAGUCCUGUUUAAAAGACCUAUAUAGCAGUCCGGGAACACUGGGGGCCCUUUUCUAGUCCUUUUAUUUGUGGGGCCUAUAUAGCAGUCUUUUUAAAACUGGUUUCCUUUUCCCAGUCCUUUUAUUUAAAAGACCCCAUUACAGGCUGUAAAAAGGUCCUUUACCCCCUGUAUUAAAAAAGACCUUUUAGCGCUUUUAAAAACUGGGCCUUUACUAGUCCUGUUUUUAGUGGACCCCAUAUAGCAGUCUGUAAAAACUGGUCCUUUUUCUAGUCCCGUUUAAAAGGAAACCCAUAUAGGGAGUCUGUAACACGGGGGCCUUUUCAGCCUGUUUAGUGGACCCUUUUAGCAGGCUGUAACACUGGGCCCUUUUCUAUUCCUGUAUUAACAGCCUAUAUAGCAUCUGUAAAACUGGUCCUUUUUUAUCCUGUAUUAAACAGACCUUAACCGUCCCGAAAACUGGGCCUUUUUCUAGUCCGGUUUUAGUGGACCUAUAUGAGUCUGUAACACUGGGCCCUUUUCUUUGUCCGUAUUAAAGCCCUUUUAGCAUCUGUAACCCCUGGGCCUUUUCUAGUCCUUUUUUAGUGGACCCAUAUAGGAAUUUGGAACAAAUGGUCCCCUUUUUCUAAAUUUCCGUAUUAACAGACCUAAUGCAGUUGUAACACCCGGGCCCCCUUUCUAUUUCCCGUAUUAGUGGACCUAUAUAGCAGUCUGUAACAUGGGCCUUUACCCCGUCCUGUUUAAAACCUAUAUACAAACUGUAAAAACUGGGCCCUUUCUAGUCCUUAUUAGGGGGGACCUAUAUAGCAGUUGUAAAACUGGGCCUUUACUAGUCCCGUAAUUUGUGGACCUAUUUUAGCAGUCUGUAAACACUGGUCCCUUUUUGUCCUGUAUUAACGACCAUUUUACCGUCUGUUAAAACUGGGGCCCUUUUCUAAGUCCUGUAUAUGGGGCCUAAAUACAUCUUAAAAACUGGGGGGCCCUUUUCUAGUCCGGUUUUUAGUGGAACCCAAUAGCGUCGUAAAAAUGGGGCCCUUUCUAGCCUGUAUUUGUGGGCCUAAAAGCAUUUGUAACACCCGGGCCUUUACUAUCCUGUAUUAAAAAGGGCCUAUAAACAGUCUUUAAAACUGGUCCCUUUUCUAGGGCCUGUAUUAAAAGACCUAAAUAGCGUCUGUAACAAAAUGGUCCCUUUUCUAGGCCUUUAUUAACAACCUUUUAUAGCAUUUUGUAACCCCUGGUCCUUUACUAUUUCCCUUUUUUAAAAAGACCUAUUAGGGAGGUUUUGUAACACUGGUCCUUUUAUUCCUUAUUAACAGAACCCCCAUAUAGCAGUCGGAACAAAUGGUCCUUUUUCUAGUCCCGUAUUUAAAAACCCCAAUAGCAGCCCCUUCACUGGUCCUUUUUAAAUCCUGUAUUAAAAAGACCUAUAUAGCAGUCUGUAACACGGUCCUUUACUGUCCAUAACAGGGCCUAAUAGAGUCUGUAACCUGGGCCUUACUAGUCCCGUAUUAGUGGACCCAUAUAGCUCUUUACCUGGGCCCUUUUCUAGUCCGUAUUUGGACCUAUUAGCAGUCCCGUAACCCUGGCCUUUUCAGUCCGUCAGUGGCCCCCCAAAACACUGUAACCUGGGCCUUUCUAGUCCUGUAUUUUAAAAGACCGAAAAUUUGCAGUCUGUAACCCCUGGUCCUUUACUAUCCGUAUUAACAGACCUAAUGCAGUCCGGUUUUAAAACUGGUCCUUUCUAGUCCCCGUAUUAAAAGACCUAUAUAGAUUUGUAAAAACGGGCCCCUUUUCUAGUCCUGUAGUUUGGGCCCCAAAACCAAAUCUUUUAAAUGGUCCCCUUUUUAGUCCUGUAUUAGUGGAAAUAUAGCAGUUGAAACCCCUGGGCCUUUAUAGUCCUGUAUUAGUGGCCUAUAUGCCGUCUGGGAAAACCCGGUCCUUUUCGUCCUUAUUAACCCCGACCUAAAGCAGUCUGUAAAACUGGGGCCCUUUUUUAGUCCCGGUUUUAAAAAGACCUAUAAGAUUUUGUAAACACUGGGCCUUUAACCCAGUCCUGUAUUAGUGGACCUAUUAAACAGUCUGUAACACUGGGGCCUUUUCUAGUCCCGUAUUAGGGCCUAUUAGCAUCUGUAACACUGGGGCCCUUUCUAGUCCUGUAUUUGGGCCUAUAUAGCAAAUCUUUAACACGGGCCUUUACUAGUCCUGUUUUUAGUUUGGGCCUAUAAAAAGGGAGUCCCGUAACACGGGCCCUUUUCUAGUCCUUUUAUUAACAGACCUUAUAGCAGUCGGAACACUGGGUUCCCCUUUUUAGUCCUGUAAUUUGUGGACCCAUUAGCUCUGUAACACUGGUCCCCUUUUCUAGUCCUGUAUUUGUGGACCUUUUAUAGCAGUCUGUAACACUGGGCCCCUUUUCAGUCCCCGUAUUUUGGGACCUAAAAAGCCCCUGUAACACUGGGCCCUUUUCUAGUCCCCGUAUUGGGACCCCAAAAUGCAGUCUUUUUAAAAACUGGUUUCCCUUUUCUAGUCCCGUUUUGUGGGACCAUAUACAGUCUGUAACCUUGGGGCCCUUUUCUAUCCUUAUUAGUGGCCUAUAUAGCCCUCUUUAAAACUGGGCCUUUCUUUGUCCUGUAUUAAUGGACCUAUAUAGCAGCCCUGGAACACUGGCCUUUUCUAGUUUCCCGGAUUAACAACCAAAAAGGGAGUCUGUAACAAAUGGUCCUUUUAGUCCCGUAUUAAAAGACCUAUAUAGCGUCUGUCCCUGGGGCCUUUUCUAGUCCUUUUUAACAGCCAUAUGCACUGUAAAAGGGGCCUUACUGUCCGUAAAUUUAAAAGACCUUAAAACAGUCUGUAACACUUUGGGCCCUUUUAAAUAGUCCUGUUUUUACAGACCUAUAUAGCAAAUCUGUAACACGGGGCCUUUAUAGUCCUGUUUAACAGAAAACCUAUCACAGUCGUAACACGGGGCCUUUAAAAAGGGCCUUUUAUUAGGGGACCCCAUAUAGCAGUCUGUAACACUGGUCCUUUACUAGGCCGUAUUAACAGACCUAAUAGACUGUAAACUGGGCCUUUACAGUCCUGUAUUAGUGGGGGUAUAAGCAUUGUAACCCCUGGUCCUUUACUUUCCCAUUAGUGGACCAAAAAUACCCCUGUUUAACACUGGGCCUUUUUCUAGUCCCCUUUUUUUUAAAAACCAAAUAUAGCAUCUGGGGGCACUGGUCCUUUCUAUCCCCUUUUUUAAAAGACCUAUAUCCAGUCUGUAAAACUGGGCCUUUCUGUCCUGUUUAGGGACCUAUAUUUGAGUCUGUAACACUGGGGCCCUUUUCUAGUCCUGUAUUAAAAAGACCUAUUAGCGGUUUCCCGUAACACUGGUCCCUUUUCUAGUCCUGUAUUAAAAAUACCUUAUAGCAGUCCCGUAAACCCCUGUCCUUUAAAUUGUCCUGUAUUAGGGACCCAUUAGCGUUUUGUAACAUGGUCCCCUUUUCUAGUCCCGUAUUGUGGACCCAUAUACAGUCUGUAAAAACGGGGCCCUUUUCUAGUUUUGUAUUUGUGGACCCAUAUAGCAGUCGUAAAACUGGGUUUACUAUUCCCGUAUUUAAAAGACCUAUAUAGCAGUCCGGGAAAAACUGGGGCCUUUUACUGUCCCGUAUUAGUGGACCUAUAUAGCCCGUCGUAACACUGGGCCUUACUAGUCCUGUAUUUUGUGGGGGCCUAUAUAGCAGUCUGUAAAAAAUGGGGCCCUUUUCUAGUCCUUUUUUAAAAGACCAUAUAGCAGUCACUGUAAAACUGGGCCUUUUCUUUCCUGUAUUAAAAGACCCCAUAUAGCAGUCUGUUUAAAACCCGUCCUUUUCCCGUCCGUAUUAACCCUACCUUUAAACAGUCUGUAAAAACUGGGCCCUUUUCAGCCUGUAUUAACAGACCUUAUAGCGUCUGUAACACUGGCCUUUUCCAGUCCCGUUUAACAGACCUUUUUAUAGCGUCUGGGAACACGGGCCUUUACUAUCCUGAUUAAAAACCUAAUAGCUCUGUAACACUGGGGUUUUCUUUGUCCGUAUUAAAGGGGGCCUUUUAAGCAUCUGUAAAAACUGGGCCCUUUAUAGUCCCGUAUUAGUGGGCCCCAUAUAACAGUUUUAACACUGGGGCCUUUCUAGUCCUGUAUUGUGGAAAGAUAUAGCAGUCUGUAACACUGGGCCUUUUCCCAGUCCCCUUUUUAAAGCCCCAAUAGCAUUUUUGUAAAAACUGGUCCUUUACCCAGUCCCGUAUUAAAAGACCUAUAUAGCAUCUGCCCCUGGGCCUUUACUAGUUUCCCGUAUUUCCCCCCCUAAUAGCAGUCUGUAACACUGGUCCUUUUUCAUCCGUAUUUAAAAGACCUAUAUAGCAGUCUGUAAAAAAACUGGCCUUUAUAGUCCGUAUUAGUGGACCCAUAUGCAGUCUGUAAAACUGGGCCUUUACUAGUCCUGUAAAUUUGGACCUAUAUAGCAUCUGUAACACGGGGGCCCUUUUCAGGGCCUGUAUUAAAAAGACCUUUUUAGCAGUCUGUAAAAACUGGGCCUUUUCUAGUCUGUAUUAGUGGAAAAAAAAUUUAGCAUUUUGUAAAAACUGGGCCUUUAAAUAGUCCUGUUUUUUAGUGGAAACCCAAAAUAGCAGUCUGUAAAAACUGGGCCUUUACAAAAUCCUGAUUGUGGCCUAUAUGCCCGGGCCCGUAACACUGGGCCUUUACCCAGUCCGUAUUAUGGACCUAUUUGCAGUCUUAACACUGGGGCCCUUUUUUUUCCCGUAUUAACAGACCUAUUAGCAAGGGCUGUAAAAACCCGGGGCCUUUCCCAGUCCUGUAUUAAAGCCAUAUAGCAGUCUGUAAAAAUUUGGGGCCCUUUAAUAGUCCUUUUAGUGGACCAAUUUUAAAACAUUUUGUAACACUGGUUCCCCUUUCUAGUCCUUUUAUUAGGGGGCCUAUAUACUUUUUGUAAAUGGGCCUUUUUAGUCCUGUUUAGUGGACCUAAUAACAGGCCCGUAACACUGGUCCUUUCAGUCCUGUAUUAACAGACCUAUAUAGGCAGUCGGGAACACGGGGGGCCCUUUUCUAGUUUUUUAUUUGGACCUAUAUAGCAGUCUUUUAACACUGGUCCCUUUUUAGUCCUGUAUUUAAAGACCUAUAUAGCGUCUGUAAAACUGGGCCUUUACUAUCCUGUAUUUUAAAAGACCUAAUAGCAUCUUUUAAAACUUGGGGCCUUUUCAGCCUGUUUAACAGACCUAUAUAGCAUUUUGUAAAAACCCUUUCCCUUUUUAGUCCUGUAUUAGUGGAAUAUAAGCAUCUGUAACACUGGGGCCCUUUUCUAGUCCUGUUUAGGGACCUAUAUAGAGUCCCGUAACCCCUGGUCCUUUUCUAGUCCCCGUAUUAACAGACCCAUAAGCAGGGCCCGUAACACUGGGCCUUUCCCAGUCCUGUAUUUGGGGGCCUUUUAUAGCUUCCCGUAACACUUGGGCCUUUACUAUCCUGUAAAUUUGUGGACCUAUAUACAGUCUUUAAAAACGGGCCUUUUCAGUCCCGUAUUAGUGGGCCUAUUACAGUUGUAACACUGGCCUUUUUCAGUCCCCGUAUUAAAAGCCCAUAUAGCAGUUGAACACGGGGCCCUUUAAAAUAUUUCCCGUAUUAGUGGGCCUAUACAGCAACUGUAACAAAAGGGCCUUUACCCAGUCCUGUAUUUAAAAGCCUUUAGCAGUUGUAACACUGGGGCCCUUUUCUAGUCCCGUAUUAAAACCGACCUAUAUAGCGUCUUAACACGGGCCUUUAAAUAAAAAUCCUGAUUAAAAAGACCUAUAAAAGGGAAAUCUGGAAAACUUGGCCUUUACUACCCCCGUAUUUGUGGACCUUUUUAGCAAAUUGUAACAUUUUGGGCCCUUUAAAAGUCCUGUAUUAGUGGACCUAUUAGCGUCGUAAAAACUGGGCCUUUUCCCAAAUCCCGGGAUUAAAAGACCUAUUAACCGUCGUAAACGGGGCCUUUACUAGUCCUGAAAUUAAAAGACCUAUAUAGCCGUCGUAACCCCUGGUCCCUUUUCUUUGUCCUUAUUAAAAGACCUAAUAAGUCUGUAAACUGGUCCCUUUUCUAGUCCUUUAUUGUGGGGCCUAUAUUCAGUCUGUAAAACUGGGGGCCCUUUUCUAUCCUGAUUAACAACCUAUAUAGCAGUCUUAAAAACUGGUCCUUUUUAUCCUUUUAUUAGUGGACCUAUAUGCAGUCUGGAACCCUGGGCCUUUCUAAGUCCUGUAUUAGUGGACCUUUUUGGGAGUCUGUAACCCCUGGGGCCUUUUUUAAAUCCCGUAUUUCCCGACCUAUAUAGCAGUCCCGUAAAAACUGGUCCUUUUUAAACCUGUUUAACAGACCUUAUAGCAGUCUGAACCCCUGGGCCUUUCCCUUUUCUAGUCCUGUAUUUGUGGACCUAUAUAGCAGUCCCUGUAACACUGGGGCCUUUUCUAGGCCUUUAUUGUUUGGCCCUAUUGCCCUCUGUAAAACUGGUCCUUUACUAGCCUGUAUUAAAAACCCAUAUAGCAGUCUGUCCCUGGGGUUUUCUUUGUCCUGUUUAACAGACCUAUAUGCAGUCCCGUAAAACUGGGCCUUUUAAAAUAUCCCGUAUUAAAAGAAACCUAUAUAGCAGUUUGUAACACUGGGCCCUUUUCUAGGGCCCGUUUAAAAGAACUAUAAAAAGCAGUCUUUUAACACGGGGGCCUUUUCUAGUCCUGUAUUUAAAAGACCUAUAUGCAGUCUGUAACACUGGGGCCCUUUUCUAGUCCUGAUUAACAGAAAAAAUAUAAGCGUUUUGUAACCCCCGGGCCUUUUCAGUCCUUAUUAACAGAACCAUAUGCGUCUGUAACACUGGGCCUUUACUAGUCCUGUAUUUGUGGACCUAUAUAAACAUUCUGUAACAAGGGGGCCCUUUUUUAGUCCUGUAUUAGUGGACCUAAUAGCAGUCUGUAACCUUUGGGCCUUUUCUAGUUCCCCGUAAAUUUAAAAGACCUUUUAUAGCAUCUGUAACACGGGCCUUUUCUAGGCCUGUAUUUGUGGACCCAUUGGGAGUCCGUAAAACUGGUCCUUUUCUAGUCCUGUAUUAACAGACCUAUAUGCAGUCUUAAAAAAUGGGGGCCCUUUUUAGUUUCCCGUAUUUGUGGACCUAUAUAGCAGUCUGAACCCUGGGGCCUUUUUCAGUCCUUAAAUUAAAUGGCCUAUAUAGCAGUCUGUUUAACCCCUGGGCCUUUACUAGUCCCCGUAUUUGUGGACCCAUAUAGCAGUCUGUAAAAAAACGGGGGCCCCCAAUAGUCCCCGUAUUUAAAAACCAUAUAGCAGUCGUAAAACCCCGGGCCCCUUUUCUAGUCCCGGAUUAGUGGACCUAAUAGCGCUUAAAACCCCGGGCCUUUUCAUCCUGUAUUUAAAAGAAAAAAUAGCAGUCUGUCCACUGGGGGCCCUUUUUCUUUGUCCUGUUUUUUAACCGACCUAUAUAGGCCAAAUCUGUAAAAAACUGGGCCUUUAAAUAGUCCCGUAUUACAGAACAUAUAGCAGUCUGUAACCCCUGGGGGGCCUUUUUAGUCCUGUAUUUAAAAAGAACUUAUAGCGUCUGUACCCCGGGCCUUUAAAAUUUGUCCUGUAUUUAAAACCUAUAAGCAUCUGAAAAACUGGGCCCUUUUCUGUCCGUAUUAACGCCUAUAUAGCAGUCUGUAACACUGGUCCUUUUACUAGUCCUGUUAACAGACCAUAUAGCAGUCUGUAACACGGUCCUUUAUAGCCGUAUUAGUGGGGCCUAUAAGCAGUCUGGGAACACUGGUCCUUUACUAGUCCUGUAUUAGUGGGGCCCCAUUACAGUCUGGAACACUGGGCCUUUAAAAAUCCUGUAUUAGUGGACCAAAUAGCAGUCCCGUAACACUUUGGGCCUUUACCAGUCCGGGUUUUGUGGGCCUAUAUAGGAAAUCUGUAAAAACUGGGCCUUUUUCUAGUCCUGUAUUAACCGCCCAAAAGGGAUCUGAACACUGGGGGCCCUUUUCUAGUUUCCCUUUUUAGUGGCCUAUAUACACUGUAACACUGGGCCUUUACGUCCUGGAUUAGGGCCCAUAUAGCAUCUUUUUUUAACCUGUCCUUUUCAGUCUGUAUUAGUGGGCCUAUAUAGCAAAAUCCCGUAAAAACUGGGGCCCUUUUUAGUCCUGUAUUAACAGAACUAUAACAGUUUUCAACAUUUAUUUAAAAAGAACCAAAAUCUUCACGGGCCUUUUCUAUCCUUUUAUUUAAGGGGGUUUUUGCAGUCGUAAAAAAAAGGGCCCCUUUUUUCCCCCCCUUUAUUUUUGGACCUUUUGCUCUUUAACACUGGGCCUUUACUUUGCCUGUUUUUUGGCCCUUUUAGCCAAACGUAACACGGGGCCUUUACCGGUCCGUAUUAAAGGGGCCAUAACAGUCGGGAACCGAAAGGGGAACCUUUUGGGAAAAUGGGGCCCGGAUUAGUGGACCUUAUAGCAGUCUGUAAAAACUGGUCCUUACUAGUCCUGAUUCGGGGCCUAUAUAGCAGUCUGAACAAUGGGCCUUUACAAAUCCUGUUUGUGGAAACCCAUAAGCAGUCUGUAACACUGGUCCCCUUUUCUAGUCCCCGUAUUAAAAAGACCUAUAUAGCGUCUGUAACACGGGCCUUUAAAAUAGUCCUGUAUUAGUGGACCUAAUAGCAGUCUGAAAAACUGGCCCCUUUAAAUAUUUCCCCCAUUAACAACCUAUAUACAAUUUUUAACACUGGGGGCCUUUUCUAGUCCUGUAAAUUUUGGGCCCAAUGCAGUCGGGAACAAAUGGGGGCCCUUUUUGUCCUGUUUAAAGGGGCCAUAAGGUCUGAAAACUGGGCCUUUCUAGUCCCGUAUUAAAGGGAAACCCAUAUAGCAGUCUGUAAAAAACUGGGCCCUUUUCUAGUCCUGUUAGUGGACCCCAUAAGGAGUCUGUAACAUGGGCCCCUUUUCUAGUCCUGUUUAACAGACCUAUAAGCAGUCUGUAAAAACUGGGCCCUUUUUAGUUUCCCGUAUUAAAGGGGCCUAUAUAGCAGUCUGUAACACUGGGCCUUUUUCUAAAUCCUGUAUUUUGGGGCCUAUAACAUCUGUAACACUGGGCCCUUUUCUAGUCCUGUAUUUAAAGGGGGUAUAAGCCGUCUGGAAAAACUGGGCCUUUACUAGUCCUUUUAUUUUGGGGCCUUAUAGCAAUUUUGUAAAAACUGGGGCCCUUUUCUAGUCCUGUUUUUUAAAAGACCUAUAUAGCAGUCCCGAAAAAACUGGGCCUUUACUAAAUUCCUGUAUUAAAGACCCAUAUACAGUCGUAAAAUGGUCCUUUACAGUCCUGGGAAAAAACAGACCUAUAUAGCAUCUGUAACCCUGGGCCUUUACAUCCUGUAUUAACAACCUAUAUAGAAAAAUUUUGUAAAACGGGCCUUUUUCUAGGUUUCCCGUUUUUUAAAAAACCAAUAGCAGUCGAACACUGGGCCUUUACUUUGUUCCCGUAUUUAAAAAUUAUAGCAGUCUGUAACAAGGGCCUUUAAAUAGCCAUUAAAGGGGCCUAUAUAGCAGUCUGGAACACUGGGCCUUUACUAGUCCUGUAUUAAAGGGGCCUAUAUAAACCGUCUUUUUCACUGGGCCCUUUCCCAGUCCUUUAUAGUGGAACCCUUUAGAAUUUCCCGUAACACUGGGCCUUUUUUAGUCCUUUUAAAACCAAUAGCAGUCAUGGGAACACUGGGGCCCUUUCUAUUUCCCGUUUUUAUGGGCCUAUAUAGCAUUGUAAAACGGGCCCUUUUCUAGUCCCGUUUUUUAGUGGGGGCCUAUAUGCAGUUUUGUAACAAAAAUGGGCCCUUUUCUAGUCCGUAUUUUGGGGCCUAUAUAGCAUCUGUAAACUGGGGGUUUACUAGUCCUUUUAUUAGUGGACCUUAAGCAGUCUUUAAAAUGGGCCCUUUUAGUCCUUUUUUAACAGGGCCCAUUAGCAGUUGGGAACCCUGGGCCUUUACUAGUCCGUUUUAAAGGGGCCUAUAUACCGUCUUUUAACACUGGGCCUUUUUCCUUUUUCCUGUAUUAACCCAAUAAAGCAGGCCGUAACAAAUGGGCCUUUUCUAGUCCUUUUAAAGGGGCCAAAAAUUGCAGUCUGGAACACUGGUCCUUUUAAAUAGUCCUGUAUUAAAGGGCCAAAUGGGGGAGGGUUUUUAAACCCCCCGGGGCUUCUUCCCCCUUAAAAGUGGGACCAAUUUUCAUCUGGGAACAAAUCCUUUAACUAGUCCCUGGUUUUCAGCCACGUGGGACAACCCGGUUUUUUGCCAUUUAAACCCCAAUUUUUGCAAGUUUCUCCCCUUUAAAAAAUGAAGGGCCUGUUAAUUGUUUUCAAUAAAUUAAGGGUACAGGUUCAACCCCUUCACAAACCACCUUUUUUUCUCCGGAAACGGUUGGAAACCCCGGUUGGGGCCCAAAGGAUAUUCGCUAUUUUUAACUAAAACCCCCAAAAACCAGUUUUUGUGAUAAAACUAUGUGUCAAAACUAUCGGUAGAGUUGAAAAUGCAAUGGAAACACAUUGAACUUUAGAUUUUUAUUCGGUACAUGAAAACUGAAGUGAAAAAGUACAUUUUGUGUGCACUACGUCAUCACACACUGAUUUAUUUCUCUGCAAGAAGUCAGUUUGUUGGAAACACCACUGGUGGGAAAAUGUGCAUAUUUUCUUUCUGCAUAUUUUAGAAUAUUCACAUGAAAAUCUGUCGCCAAUUGGAUGGAAACCUGGCUAGUGUUGUUCAUUUGAACAAAGUUGUGCAAAUAAAUCUGCAUUUACAAGAUGCAAGUCAGACAAAUUGGAACAUGAUCACUGACUGACAGUUAGUUUUUUUACAAGCAUUUCGCUACACCCGCAAUAACGUCUGCUAAAUAAAUGACGUGUAUGUGACCAAUAACAUCUGAUUUGGCACUGGGUGUCACAGGGGCACGUUGCCUAAAAGCUGGCAGAUGGCGAUAUUGAGUCGUUUCAUCUUACCGUUCAAAGGCAAUGCAUAGAGCCGGCUAUGCACUCCUAUCCCCUGUUGACUGGUUCAUACAAAAACCCUUUUCCAUUCAGGCUGCAAAGGCUUUGAUUUCCUCCUUACCUCGAUUUAAUGGUGAGAAGGCUUGAAAAAAACCGGGAAAAUAUGCGUAGUUUCUUUAUGAAACGCCAUUCUCCACCACCAUGCUGUGGUGGCUAACGCUACUUCCUGAGAGCGUUUAGACCAAGGGUAAACAACAGACUGCUGCAACCUGAUUGGGUAAACAACAGACUGCUGCAACCUGAUUGGCUGAACACGAUAUGCAAUAUCUGUGACUAGCAUUUAUCCACUCUAGCAUGGUGGAGAAUGGUGUUUCAUAAAGAAAGUUUGCAUAUUUUCCCAGUUUUUUCCCGCCUUUUUCGCCAUCAAAUUUAGUUAAGGAGUAGAUUGAUGUCUUUGCAGCCUGAAUGGAGAAUGUUUUAUGUACUAACCGGUCAAAGGGGGACAGGGCUCCAUGCAUUGCCUUUGAACAGAGAGGAAGAGGCGAAGCGAAUGAUUUCACUCUUGCCUAAAUAUGUCCAGAAUAAGCCCAAUGCAUUUCUAUGGGUUUAUUUUGGACCUAAGGUUGUUGCCUGCCUUCCCGUCUCUGGGACAACGACCCCCAUUGUUAAAGCGGAGACAUAAGCAUCUCGUCAUUAUAUACAAAUCUCUGCGUUGGACGGUACGAUGAAACAACUCAAUAUCGCCAUCUGCUGGCCUUUGGGCUACGGUACGCAUAGGUAGCCCAGUGUGUUGGUAGAAAGAAAUCUGUUGUUUGAGUCAUCAAACAAAGAAGAAAACAUGUUGGAGAUAAAGUUAAGAAGAAGGAUGAUCACAGAAGUCCAGUAAUGGAGCUGAUUCUUUAUUAGGUCAGUUUGUCCAAUCACCUCCUCCCGACUGCCAUACCUGCCCACCCGGCCACAUCUGGGACUGCUGCUUAGCUUACUGAGUCACAGCCCCUUACUGAGUCACAUCCCCUUACUGAGUCACAGCCCUUCACUGAGUCACAGCCCCUUACUGAUUCACAGCCCUUCACUGAGUCACAGCCCCUUACUGAGUCACAGCCCCUUACUGAGUCACAGCCCUUCACUGAGUCACAGCCCCUUACUGAGUCACAGCCCUUCACUGAGUCACAGCCCCUUACUGAGUCACAACCCCUUACUGAGUCACAGCCCCAUACUGAGUCACAGCCCCUUACUGAGUCACAGCCCUUCACUGAGUCACAGCCCCUUACUGAGUCACAGCCCUUCACUGAGUCACAGCCCUUCACUGAGUCACAGCCCUUCACUGAGUCACAGCCCUUAUUGAGUCACAGCCCCUUACUGAGUCACAGCCCUUCACUGAGUCACAGCCCUUCACUGAGUCACAGCCCCUUAUUGAGUCACAGCCCCUUACUGAGUCACAGCCCCUUACUGAGUCACAGCCCUUCACUGAGUCACAGCCCUUCACUGAGUCACAGCCCCUUACUGAGUCACAGCCCCUUAUUGAGUCACAGCCCUUCACUGAGUCACAGCCCUUCACUGAGUCACAGCCCUUCACUGAGUCACAGCCCCUUAUUGAGUCACAGCCCCUUAUUGAGUCACAGCCCUUCACUGAGUCACAGCCCUUCACUGAGUCACAGCCCCUUACUGAGUCACAGCCCCUUAUUGAGUCACAGCCCUUCACUGAGUCACAGCCCUUCACUGAGUCACAGCCCCUUACUGAGUCACAGCCCCUUACUGAGUCACAGCCCCUUACUGAGUCACAGCCCCUUAUUGAGUCACAGCCCUUCACUGAGUCACAGCCCUUCACUGAGUCACAGCCCUUCACUGAGUCACAGCCCCUUACUGAGUCACAGCCCCUUACUGAGUCACAGCCCUUCACUGAGUCACAGCCCCUUACUGAGUCACAGCCCUUCACUGAGUCACAGCCCCUUACUGAGUCACAGCCCCUUACUGAGUCACAGCCCCUUACUGAGUCACAGCCCCUUACUGAGUCACAGCCCUUCACUGAGUCACAGCCCUUCACUGAGUCACAGCCCCUUACUGAGUCACAGCCCCUUAUUGAGUCACAGCCCCUUACUGAGUCACAGCCCUUCACUAGGUAAGACUGGAAUUCUGUUAAUGUAUUAUUGAACAGCUAUAAAACAUGUAUUUUCAUUUAGAUUAUGGAAUGAAUGUGUAACAACUUAUUUGAUUUGAAAUCUCACAAUAACCAAUCAUUUAUGACUAUUGUCACAAGAUCUUUGUAUGGAUGUGAAAGGGGCCCUUUUCUGAAUACUAACGCUCACUCUACCUCCCAUAUACAAGAGAAGAGUGCAUCCUGGGUACACUCUUAGAAAAAAAGGUGCUAUCUGGAACCUAAAAGGGUUCUUCGGCUGCCCCCUUAGAAUAAUCAUUUUUGGUUCCAUGUAGAACCCUUUUGGUUCCAGGUAGAACCCUUUUCACAGAGGAUUCUACAUGGAACCCAAAAUAGUUCUACCUGCAACCAAAAAAGGGUUCUAACUGGACCCAAAAAGGGUUCUAACUGGACCCAAAAAGGGUUCUCCUUUGGGGACAGCCGAAGAACCCUUCUGGAACCCUGUUUUCUAAGAGUGUAUGAUAGAAGGGCCCACCCAGCUGAUGGAGCAGCAGACCUCACCUCAGUGAAUAUAUGAUGGAGCAGCAGACCUGACCUCAGUGAAUAUAUGAUGGAGCAGCAGACCUGACCUCAGUGAAUAUAUGAUGGAGCAGCAGACCUGACCUCAGUGAAUAUAUGAUGGAGCAGCAGACCUGACCUCAGUGAAUAUAUGAUGGAGCAGCAGACCUGACCUGACCUCAGUGAAUAUAUGAUGGAGCAGCAGACCUGACCUCAGUGAAUAUAUGAUGGAGCAGCAGACCUGACCUCAGUGAAUAUAUGAUGGAGCAGCAGACCUGACCUCAGUGAAUAUAUGAUGGAGCAGCAGACCUGACCUCAGUGAAUAUAUGAUGGAGCAGCAGACCUGACCUCAGUGAAUAUAUGAUGGAGCAGCAGACCUGACCUCAGUGAAUAUAUGAUGGAGCAGCAGACCUGACCUCAGUGAAUAUAUGAUGGAGCAGCAGACCUGACCUCAGUGAAUAUAUGAUGGAGCAGCAGACCUGAUCUCAGUGAAUAUAUGAUGGAGCAGCAGACCUGACCUCAGUGAAUAAUGUUUCCAUUAAAUGGUGGCGGGACAGUGGGGGCUGGUGGGAGGAGCUAUAGGAGGGGCUCAUUGUAAUGGCUGAAAUGAAAAUAAAUGGAAGGUAUCAAACAUAUGGAAACCACGUCUGAAUUCCAUUCCAUUUCAUUCCAGCCAUUACAACGAGAGGAGACCGUGGAGAUAUGGAACUGGUUCUGCAGUCAGUGUGGGGAGAGGAGACCGUGGAGAUACGGAACUGGUUCUGCAGUCAGUGUGGGGAGAGGAGACCGUGGAGAUACGGAACUGGUUCUGCAGUCAGUGUGGGGAGAGGAGACCGUGGAGAUACGGAACUGGCUCUGCAGUCAGUGUGGGGAGAGGAGACCGUGGAGAUACGGAACUGGUUCUGCAGUCAGUGUGGGGAGAUGGGACUGUGGGGAUAUGGAACUGGUUCUGCAGUCAGUGUGGGGAGAGGAGACCGUGGAGAUAUGGAACUGGUUCUGCAGUCAGUGUGGGGAGAGGAGACCGUGGAGAUAUGGAACUGGUUCUGCAGUCAGUGUGGGGAGAGGGGGCCGUGGAGAUACGGAACUGGUUCUGCAGUCAGUGUGGGGAGAGGGGGCCGUGGAGAUACGGAACUGGUUCUGCAGUCAGUGUGCGGGAGAUACGACUGGUUGCAGUCGGGAGGCCGUGGAGAUAUGGAACUGGUUCUGCAGUCAGUGUGGGGAGAGGAGACCGUGGAGAUACGGAACUGGUUCUGCAGUCAGUGUGGGGAGAGGAGACCGUGGAGAUAUGGAACUGGUUCUGCAGUCAGUGUGGGGAGAGGGGACCGUGGAGAUAUGGAACUGGUUCUGCAGUCAGUGUGGGGGAGGGGACCGUGGAGAUACGGAACUGGUUCUGCAGUCAGUGUGGGGAGAGGAGACCGUGGAGAUACGGAACUGGUUCUGCAGUCAGUGUGGGGAGAGGAGACCGUGGAGAUACGGAACUGGUUCUGCAGUCAGUGUGGGGAGAGGAGACCGUGGAGAUCCGGAACUGGUCGUACAGAAACAACAGAGUGUCUGCUGAUGCCCCACAGCAGGGGAACUUCUCCUCUGAGCGGUCCCAAGUCGACCCCCCUGCUGAGAGGAGUCAAGUCAGUGUUCCUCAGGGGUAG